AUGGCUAAACGCAAAGCAACCGACUCUGCCUCUGACCCUGUAGCCAUCAAGAAACUCAGGAUGGAGGAAGGAGCGGCAACGGUCAAAGCGAUUCUCGACAACGCCGCGAACUCGAGCCUUCCUGAAGGGUCAAAGGCUAUGCACGAUAGGAUUGUCGAGCUCGCCCAAUACGCUCGCCUCUUGGAAGAAGAGAACGCGUCUUUAAAGCCAAAGACUGCGGAUAUUGAGGCACAGGUGGUCAAACUCGCGGGCGUGUUGAAGAAGGGCAUCCCAGCAGUCAUGAAGUGGAAGCCUACCUGUUCUGAAAACAGGGCCAAAUGGGAGUACGAGGGUAUUUGCCCCGACGUUGAAGUCUGGAAGGCCAUGUUCAAUAUUGAAGGAGUUCCCCCGUCCAAGCAAUCGCUAACCAAGGCCGAAUUCUUUGCCACCACUCGUGGAGAAAUAUGGGCAUCUAUCCGGCAGGCGCUCUUCCUCUUCCAACUCAGUCUCUUUAGCUGA